UCCAAAGUAGCUUUUUGUUUUUGACAAUCAUGACGCAUAAAAUAGAGUUUAAGAAAGAAACACUGAAUAUUUAUAACAUAGAUCUAUAACGUGCUUCACUCAAGAAAAUACACCAUAAAGAAGUGCUAUAAUGGCAACUUGGGAUGGCGGAGGGGGAGGAGGAAGGUGGAACUCUCCAGAUUCUCCAACAUCCCGUCAAGUCUCGCCUGGGUCCGAGAUUUCCUUACGACCAGACACAGAAGAAAACGUUGUAAACCAAGCAGAAGAUGUCAUCAGGAACUUCAUGUACCAGCGAUACCAACAGGAUCAGAUGGAAGAAGACCCAGAAACAAUGGAGCAAACACCAGCCAUACCAGAACUUGUUCAUUUCACAUCUGACCCCAUGAGUCAGGCGUCACAGGUUGGGCGCCAAUUAGCAAGGAUUGGUGACGACAUCAAUAGAAGAUAUGCUGAUGAAUUUAACGACAUGAUUGGUCAGCUCAAUAUUACUGAGGAUACCGCUUACGAGGUGUUUGCUGGUGUGGCAAGAAAGUUGUUUUCUGAAGGGAUAAACUGGGGCAGGGUAUCGGCACUGUUGUGUUUUGCGUACAGAAUAGCUAUGAAAGUGUUACGCAUCAAGGAGCGCGCCUCACGCUUUGCAGACUUUCUCAGGCUCAUCAUAAACCAUGUCGUCCGCUUUAUCAAAGAGAUGAUAGCUUCCUGGAUUGCUCAUGAAGGAGGUUGGGUUGCAGCCCUUAAGUACAUACCAUCAGUAAGCUUGAAGACUUUGGGGGCCAUCGCAGGAAUCUGUUUCUUGGCCAUAGGUGCAGUUUUCUAUUUCAACAGGAAAGGAAGUUGAGUGAAAGUACUCUCUAGUUGCCUUAAUUGACAAUGAUCUCAAACUGGUAGAUGACUCUAUGACCUGCUCAAAAUGUUUUAUGGUCUCAAGAAAAGAAAGAAAGCAAACAGCACAUGGAGACUUUAAGUUGUAUGAAUGACUUGUCAAAGCUGUCAUCCUUUUGUGUAAUUUUCAUUAUUGCCAUGUUAAAACCUAUAACCCAUAUGCAUUGUUUCAGCAGGUUAACCAUACCUGUAAAAGCAGAGACAUGACCCUGUUGUAAGAGAUUCCUUGACCCUUAGUGGUUGGUUAUCAUGUUAUCUAACUUGUGUUGGAUUUUUCAAGCUUUUAACGAUAUUGAAUUGAACCGAGUUUGUGGUGUAGAUCCAACACCUGUGUACAUGUGUACUAGUGAUAGGCAGAAGACAGAAAAUAAGAAAUUAGGUUUAAAAAUAAAAUUAUACAAAUGAAGUGAUGUUAAAAUUGCAAGCUGAUUAUUCAGUAAAGUUUUACAACCUUUGGAUUUUCUUUUAUAAAAUGAUGCAGUUAAGCAUUUUCGCAAUUCAUUAAAGCAUUUUCCUGUCUUGAAAAUGAUUGAUAUUAGUAUAAUUCUUCCUUUUAAUUAGCUCAUUUAGAAGUAAUUUACAACUUGUAGACUAGGAAGAUAUUUUUUAUGCUUUAUGACCUUUCGUGAUGGUAUAUAUUCAAUGAAAAGAAAAUACGGAUAUAUGAAUUUAAUACUUAGGAAUACUUUGAAUGAAAACAUUAUAAAAAAGAAGAAAUCCAAAAAAUUAAUUUAAUUUUAACAAGAAAAAUGUAUUGCUUAUGUCUUGGUAGUAUAAGACUUAUUAUAACCAAUAACUAAUCAACUAUGUACGAUAAAUUAUCAAUGAUGAAAGUCGAACUGUUUCCAAUCAUUAAUGUAUACAUGGGUGCAUGUGUGAGUCCUUUACCUUCAAGAUUGAAUGGAGAGUAUUUAUUAUAACCAAAUAAUGAGAGUUGAAUUACAUGGUUAACCAACCCCCAUGAGUAAGGGUACAUUUUUUCUGUUCGUACAUAAAGCAGGAAAUUCUAUUUCCUCACAAUGAGGAAACUGAUAGAAGUUAUAGAGACUUUUAAAGUGUAUUGAUAUUUAAGCUGUUCAUGACAGAAAGAGGCUACAGUGUGAUAUUAACUUGUGCAUGGUAAUUUUGAAAAUUGCUGUCAAAAGGACUUGUAUUUUAACUGGACAUUCCAGUGUAAGAAAAGAAUGUAUGCAAUUUUUUAUAUCUGUUAAAUCUAUAUCAUUAAGGAAAUGUGUGUUUCCUGUCAUUUUUGACAGAAGUGCCUAAAUGUUAAACCUGACGUUUACCAUAGUAUAAGAGAGAUGUUAGAUAAUAUACCUAAUGUUAUCAUGAGAUUUGUUGUAAUGGUAUAUUUUUUGUAUUAGAAGUUUAUGAAUUGAGCUUUAUCAAGCACCGCAGAAUGUUUUUGAAUGGGUUGAAUAUGUCCACCAUUAGCACUUGUAAAUUGUAUAUAAAAUGAAAUUUUGCUGAAUGAAUUGAUAUCAAUUUGAUUAUUCUACAAGAAUAUUCAAAAGUUUAUCAACCAAUCGGAUUGAUAUAUACACUGUUGUCAUCAGUAGUUAAAUGUUUAAAUAACAUGUACUUUCAGUGAGUUUCUUCACUCUUGUGAUAUCACUUCCAUGUACAUGUACAUGUAUUCCCAUGAAUAGGUACAUACAUUGUAUAUGUAUACAAUUUUAAUUACACUUGUA